GGCUUCCAUCUCCCAUGGCUCUUGGUCCAUGUGAUAGCUCCCAAACCACCUCACAGCAGUUUAUUAUUCACCUCCUUCCCAUAAGGCUAACUCCCUGCUCCAGCUUACAGUGUGUCCCUAUGAAGACAAGGUGAUGGGGCAGGAAUAAGCAGUUUGUUGGCACUUGUGAGGGUUAAACUAAGCCAUGGCUGCCCCUGCUCCAUGGCAGGGCAGUUCUCAGUUCUCCUGCAGCAUGCAAGCAGGGACCUUGGUGAAGAAGGCAAGGAUACUGCAUGCAUUAACCAUCCCAGCAAGCAAGCUAACAGCUAUUGAAACAUAUAAUUAAACCAUUAUUUUCUCUCGCCCCAUCUUCUUUAUUUUACCUGAACACGAUGUUUUCCCAUUUAUUUGUUAUCAGUGAAGGGAGUGAAUAUCCUGAAACACGUCUGCUGUUCUGCUCCACUACCCCCUGUUAACUUCCUGAGCACUUGGGAACCUUUGGCUCAGCUGCACAAAAUAACAGGGAAACUAAUUAUACUGAUAAAACUCAAUGGCUGAGUCAGACACCCUGAGAAAGAGAAUGAUUUUUUACUACUAUUCUCUUUGUGUUAAUACACGUGUUCACCCUCACGUUGUUCAUUGCCUGCACUGCACAGCAGGGAUCACAUUUAGUUACAGCUGAAGAAGGAAGAUCCCCACCAGGAGCAGUGAUGAUGGGGGUGACAAUUCCAUUGUGUUCCUGGCUGUGGAGUCUCCUAGGCCUUGGGCUUGAUGCAAGUCGCUUUGUCUGCAUGGCCCUUCUCACACAGACAGUGCGCAUCUCACUGUAGAGGCAAUUACAUGCUGCUGGGACGGCACAUGAACAGGUCCUGGCUGCAUAGAAAAGAGAGUUUGGGCCAAGCCUCUCUGCUGAUGUGGACACAUGGAUGGUGGAAGCAUGUGAAGGACCCCACAAGCCUGGAAGAGGUGGGUACUUUGCAGACACAAAGCCUCCAACUCCAAGCAGCCGGUCCCCAUGUGCAAACACACAGCAUCUGCUUCAGUCAGUGCACGGCUGAGACUUGCAGAGAAGAUUCAGACCCAAAGGCCAAUGCUAAUCAGUGAAAUCUGUAACUGAAGGAGCAGUAAUCAAGUGAGAUUACAGCCUGAUCCUGUCAUCAGCCCCCUGCCCAGCCGGUUCGGUCAGUGCUGCUCCAGCAUUCACAAAGCCACCUCCUGCAGUGGUGGAGACAUGCGGGGUGUGUGCUGCUGCCUCCGUUGUAGUGCAGUGCCAGGAGCAUGCCAGAGAGCUGCCCUCAGAAGCCAGGCACUCCUUCAUUAGCCAGCGUUCACUCUCACUUGUAUUUGUGUCUUGCUUUGCAGAUGGGAGAUGCGUCCAACGCUUCAGAGUUCAUCUCCACCUUAUCUGAGAGAGAAGACCUGAUUUUUGGCACACUCUACCUGGUCUUUGGCAUCAUGUCCCUCUUUGGGAACUCGCUGCUCCUGCUGGUGGCCUAUCGGAAGAGGUCCAUGCUGAAGCCUGCUGAGUUCUUCAUCGUCAACCUGGCCAUCAGUGACCUGAGCAUGACAGUGACGCUCUUCCCCUUGGCUGCCUCAUCCUUCUUUGCACACAGGUGGCUGUUCAGCCAGGCCGUCUGCACCCUCUACGCCUUCUGCGGGGUCCUGUUCGGGCUGUGCAGCCUCAGCAGCCUGACGGUGCUCAGCACAGUUUGCUGCCUGAAGGUCUGUUACCCGGCAUACGGCAACAAGUUUUCUCCCUGCCAUGCUGGAGUGCUGCUGCUGUGCAUCUGGGCUUAUGCCCUCAUGUUUGCCACGGCCCCCUUGGCCGAGUGGGGCAGCUACGGCCCCGAGCCCUACGGGACAGCCUGUUGCAUCACAUGGAACGCCUCGAGCAGGGAGGCCACGCUCUACAUCCUCGCCCUCUUCAUCUUCUGCUACCUCCUCCCCUGCCUCCUCAUCCUCGCCUCCUACUCGCUGAUCCUCUGGAGGGUGCGGGGGUCCCGCAGAGCUGUGCGGCAGCACACGUCCCCCCAGCGCAGAGCCCACAGCGUGCACAGCCUGGUCGUGAAGCUGAGCAUCGCUGUGUGCCUGGGGUUCCUGGCUGCCUGGACCCCUUACGCCAUCGUUGCCCUGUGGGCAGUGCUGGGUGAUGCCCGCCAAGUGCCAGCGCUCGCCUUCGUGCUGUCGGCCGCCUUUGCCAAGUCCUCGACGCUCUACAACCCCCUGGUCUACCUGCUCUUCAAGCCCAACUUCCACAAGUUCCUCUCCAAGGACGUGGUGCUCCUCCAGGCCAUGCGUACCCUGCUCUGCUGCGGCUGCCCCAGCGCUGCGCUCCAGCCCUUCCCAUCCCGGGGCUUCGGGGACCACCCCGGGGCUUGCAGGAGCUGCAACGACACCUUCGAGUGCUUCAGUACCUACCCCAAGUGCCACAAGCCCGUGCGGGCGCCCGGCUCCAUUGCCCUCCUCGAUGGGGCUGCGUGCCCGCCGCGGCUGAAGAGGACGGUGCAGGUGAUGGUGCUUGUCACCAGGAGAAGGUCGGGCCUGAGCGCGGUGAACGUGGUGGGGGAAGCUCUGCCAUCAGAUAUCGUGAAAGACCUUCUCUGAGCCCGGCCGUGCCCCGCUGCAUCCCACCAGUGCACUGUGGGGUCAACCCCAACCCAGCUCUCGCCUGUGUAUCCAAUGGGUCCCCGUCAUGUUCUGCAGAUGAAGUGACAUCUAACACCACCCUUGCCUCCUCCUCUGCUCUGGCUCUUGCAGCUCUGAGCUGAGGCUUUGCACUUAGAGAAGCCAAACCAAACCCCAA